GCAACUGAGUUCGGUUCCAGGCAUUCUGGCCGUGCAGUCCUCUUUGAGAACGUCUUAGAGACCGCUUUCUGUGGGCCCGGAAGAGGGGAAGCCAGCGCUCUUGCUCGCCCCUCUGUCCACGCGCCGAUGCCGGCCGCGCCGUGGAGCCCCCGUAGCGGGGCCGGACCAUGAGCCUGCUGGGCGGCCUCGCUUCCUCGCCGCGGGUCCCGCUGCAAUCCAGCAAGGCCAGGAUGAAAAAGCUCCCGAAAAAGAACCAGAACGAGAAGUACCGGCUGAAGUACCUGCGGCUGCGGAAGGCGGCCAAAGCCACGGUGUUUGAAAAUGCUGCUAUUUGUGAUGAAAUCGCUCGUCUUGAGGAAAAAUUUCUUAAAGCAAAAGAAGAAAGAAGGUACUUGCUGAAGAAGCUCCUCCAGCUUCAGGCUCUCACUGAAGGAGAAGCACAGGCUGCAGCUCCUUCCCACAGCUCCAGUUUGCCCCUGCCUUAUGGUGUGGCCAGCUCUGUGGGACCUAUACAGGGAGCAGGGCCCAUUUCUGGGCCCAGCACUGGGGCUGAGGAAUCAUUUGGGAAGAAGUCCAAGAAGGAGAAAAAAGAAAAAGGCAAAGAGAACAGCAGACUGGAAGUUCUGAAGAAAACAUCCAAGAAAAAGAAAAUGGAGGGAGGUGCUCGCAAGCUGGUUCAGCCCAUUGCCCUGGAUCCCUCAGGACGGCCUGUGUUCCCCAUCGGACUGGGGGGUCUAACAGUAUAUAGCCUGGGGGAGAUCAUCACCGACCGACCUGGCUUCCAUGAUGAAAGUGCCAUCUACCCUGUGGGCUACUGCAGUACUCGAGUGUAUGCCAGCAUGAAGUGCCCAGACCAGAAGUGUCUGUAUACCUGUCAGAUCAAGGAUGGCGGCAUGCAGCCGCAGUUUGAAAUUGUUCCUGAAGAUGACCCGCAGAACCCCAUUGUCAGCUCUUCUGCAGAUGCUUGUCAUGCCGAACUGCUCAAGACCAUAAGUGCUUCUGUGGGAAAGCUAACACCCAGCCUGCUUCCAUCUGGAGCUGACUUUUUUGGGUUUUCUCAUCCAGCCAUCCGCAACCUGAUCCAGAGUUGUCCAGGAGUUCGAAAAUGUGUCAAUUACCAGUGGGUGAAAUUUGAUGUGUGCACACCAGGAGAUGGGCAGCUACCCCAAGGACUGCCAGAGAAUGAUGCUGCCAUGAGCUUUGAAGCCUUUCAGAGACAGACUUUUGAGGAUCAGAAUGAUCCCAUCCUGCCAGGAUCCUUGGACCUCCCAGAACUUCAGACUGCAGCCUUUGUGUCUUCUUACCAACCCAUGUUCCUGGUACACGAGCCCUUGGUGGAGACUCACCUACAGCACUUGAAGUCUCCAGUGCAGUGUAGCCCAACUCAGGCUUCAGACUGAACAAGAAGGGGGCAGGCACACAUCAUUUUCAUCCUGAUGAAUUUUUUUAACUUAAACUAAAACUUAUAUGGAAGAAGGCAGCGAUUCAGGACUGAAGAAGAUAAUUAACACAUCUUAUCAUGGAGGUUCCCAUGGUGACAGUUUUCCCUGCAAAAAAACUUCAGCUGCUUUAUUUUUAGUAAUAAAUUUUUCUUGACAGUUCUGCUUAUUUUCAUCUCAUUAUAAUCAGGAUAGAAUUUCUUUUGCUUAACUGUGCCUGAGGUAAACUUAACUCCUUUAUAACCAGAGUGAGAGAUGUCUGCUGACCCACGAGGGAGACACUGAGAUUCUGACAGCCUUCUACCCUGGAUUCUGAUCUUGGGUCAAUUUUAAGUCUCAGCCCCUGCGACCCUGGCUGCUGCUUUCUUUCAUGUCAGUAUCAUCAAAAUCAAGUCUUCUGCUUAUACUCAAGCUGUAAAGUGCAGUCCAAGGUACUCUGCUUCUGCCUGUCUUUGCCUUCACGUUGUACACGUCUUUGAGGGGAUCAAAAAGUCAGUUUCUAGAGUCUUUUUUAACCUUUUCUGCAUCCCCUCUGUGAUUCCUUAUUGGAGAAUGUGCUUUUGAGCUCAAUACAGUGAAACCAUGUAAUAACACGAAUUCAUAUAUGAUGUGAUUGAAGAUUGGUUCCCAUCCUCCAUAAGCUUGUCAUGUAAUUGACUGCAGUAACAUAACCUUUACGAGUCCUAGUGGCUGAGUGGUUAAGUGCCCAGCUGCUAACCAAAAGAUCUGCGGUUUGAACCCACCAGCUGCCCCAAAGGAGAAAAGACGUGGUAAUCUGCUCCCAUAAAGUUUAUAUCCUAGGAAACCCUAUGGGGCAUUUCUGCUCUGUCACAUGGGAUUGCUAUGAGUCACAGCUGACGCAAUGGCACCCACCAGUGUAACCCUGCAUUCUAUGCAACUGAAUUUUCUGAACCUUACUCAUAGCAUUAAGGUGGUUUACUGUAUCACCUAAUCCCAGUCAGUACAACUCUCUGUAGCAGCUUGUGGGGUACUUAGCUAUCCACCCACCAGCUACCCAGGGCUGGCUGGAAUGGGAGGGAACAAAAGGACCCUAGGAGCAGAAGGCUGCUACAGAAGGCAGUGUGAACUGUGCUACGAUUCAUGACUACCAACUGAUGACAACACAGAUGGGAUUUGCAUUUUAAGUAAUCUGACCAGCAGAGCGAGGGGAUCAGACAGGCAGCUUCUAGGUUACACCACACUCCAAAAAAACCCCAUUGCCAUCGAGUCGAUUCCGACUCAUAACUACCCUAUAGGACAGAGCAGACCUGCCCCUGUAGAGUUUCCAAGAAGCAACUGGUGGAUUCGAACUGCCAACCUUCUGAUUAGCAGCUAAGCACUUAACCACCGUGCCGCCAGGGCUCCGUGAUCACGACACUGUAAACUACCGGAAACGUAUUAAUCUAAUGAAUCUUAAUUAUAACCUUUUUAUAAGUUUGUAUAAAUUUUACAAUGCAAAAAAAAUAGUAAAUUUGGGUAAUACCAAGUCGGGUGGGGAUUACUCAAAGCUGCUGAUAUUUUAAUGUUUUUCUUCUGUCUUUGCAUAAGUCGCUUGAACAUAUUUGCACUUACACAGAAAUGAUUUUAUGCUGCUUUUCUCAUAGGACAGGUAUCUAUUAGUCUUUGUAAAACACAUUAAAAGCCUCAUUUUCAGAAGACAUUUGAAAAUCUUUAAAAAAAAACAAAGAUGCUAUUUAAUAGUCUUCACUUUGUAGGCUUCAUACAACAGCGUAUCUCAUACUACAGAUCUCAACCAAUUAGUGGGUCAUAAACUUAGGGAGUCGAGAACUCCAUCUUUUAAAUAAAGCACUUACAACAUGUUGAAGUACAUCAACCAUAGUGUAUAUAUGUGUGUAAAUAUCAGAUGCAUACACAUGUAUGGGGUACUGGAAUAAAGUAAAAUGUUUUUACUUAUGGAUCAUGGCUUUAAAAAACUGAAAGGUUGGCAGUUCAAAUCCACCCAGAGUGCCUCGGAAGAAUUGACAAUCUCCUUCCGACAAAUGAGCUAUUGAAAACCUUAUGGAAUACAGUUCUACUCUGACAUGUGGGGUCUCCAUGAGUAGGAAUCAACUCCAUGGCAACUGGUUUUUAGUAUACUCUUAAGACAUCUUUUCAUCUAUCCAAUUGCUAAAGAUUUUUAAAAUUGGGCAACAUCUAAUGCUAAUGAGGGUGAGGGAACGAAAAGACUAUACCUUAGUGGGAAACCAAAUUGUUUAGCCGUUUGGUUGUUAAAUAAAUUGGUUGAAUUAUUUAA